AUGGAGAACCAACGGAUCUCCGAUUUCCUCGCCGACCAGCUGCAGCAAGCUCCCGAGCAAUGCCAGGCCUAUUUCCUGAGCUUCGAAGAUUACUGGGAACGCAAACUAUGGCAUCAGCUUACGGAUUCCUUGAUUGAAUUCUUCCGUCUACCAGAGAGCGCUGCCCAGCGACUACCGAUAUUCAAGAGUUUCGUCCUCAGCUUCGCCGACAGAAUCAAUCAGCUCAAGUUCGUCUCGCUGGGGUUGAUGGCGUCAACAGAGUGCUCAAAUGACCAAGAACGCCUCACCUUCCUCACAUCGCUGGCAGACAAAGUCAACAAGCCCGAGUCACAAGAUGCUUACAUCUACGCCCUCGCGGAUGUCGCCAACGUCAAGCAACGGCUACAAGACCUGAACGGUGCGCAGAAGGACCUGGAGACAUGCCAGAAAGUGCUGGACACGUUCGACUCCGUUGAGACUGUGGUGCACGCAUCCUUCUACAAAGUCAACGCGGACUACUACCACGCCAAACAAGAAUUCGCCUCCUUCUACAAGAACGCCCUCCUCUACCUCGCCUGCAUCAACCUCGAGGAUCUCAGUGAAGCCGAGCGCGUCUCCCGCGCAUACAACCUUAGCGUGGCCGCGCUCGUCUCCGACACUAUCUACAACUUCGGUGAACUCCUCCUGCACCCGAUCCUGGACUCUCUCACCGAGACGCCGCACAGCUGGCUGCGCGAGCUCCUGUUCGCCUUCAACCGCGGCGACCUGACCGCCUACGACGUCCUCGCCGGAAACAUCUCCAAGAACCAGCUGCUCGAGCAACACCGCAUUUUCCUGUACCAGAAGAUCUCCCUGUCCGCGCUGACGGAGAUGGUCUUCCGUCGGCCCCCGCACGACCGCAACCUGACUUUCUCGUCCAUCUCCGCCGAAACGAAGGUCAAGCCCCAGGAGAUCGAGCAUCUGAUCAUGAAGGCCUUGUCGCUGGGUCUGCUCAAGGGUGCCAUUGAUCAGGUGGCUCAGGUCGCCCAGAUCAACUGGGUGCAGCCGAAGGUUCUGGAUAUGAAGCAGAUCGAGGGCAUGCGGAACCGUCUGAAGGAUUGGGAUGCUGGUGUCAACCAGCUGGGUCACUGGAUCGAGGGCGUUGGAAAGGAUGUGUGGGCUGCAUAG